AAACAAUUUCGUGCUGAAAAUUUGAAUUUCAAGAUAAAGUAACCUGAACGACUCGAAACAUGUUUCUUAUAGGUUUUCGACAAUGCUCUUUCCAGUGGCAUCAUUUUUAAAUAUUAAGAAAGUUUUCUGAAAGGUUUUCCAUAGACUGGAUGUCUAGAAAACUCCUUAGAAAACUUUUUCAAAACCCAGCUCUCAUGGCAUUAGAAAGAGGAUCAUGAAAAACCUAUAAGAAAAUGGUUCAUGAAAUUUUAGUUCACUCAUAAAGCUAAAGUCUCCCUGCUCUAGCAAAAAAUGCCCACUGUGCAGUGGGCAAGGAAUUCGCCCAUUACACGACAAGAUCGAUGCCAUUGUCAAACUGCCGAAACCGACCACGCCCAAACAAGUCCAUUCGUUCGUCCAAGCUGCUAAUUAUUACCGUGAUCACAUUCAAAAUUUUCGAAAAUAGCUGCUCCAUUGUAUCCGCACACAAAAAGAAUGCUGUUUGGAAAGCGUGGACCCAACAGAUGGACAAGGUAUACAAUGAACUCAAAAAUUGACUCACCUUACCACUGGUAUUUCUUAACUUUCCUGAUGAUUUUUCUUCAUUAAUAUUAUCAAUCGAUGCUUCUGGUGACGGCAUGGGGGGUGUUCUGCGAUAGAUAACUCCAGAUGGACUGAAGGUGAUCAAAUACGUUUCAAAAAAAAUUCAAUUUGGCUCAGAAGAGAUACUCAACGACGGAACGUGAAUGCUUGGCGAUAGUGUGGUGCAUUCAAAAAUUGAAGGAAUACGUUUGGGGACGACCCAUUGAGAUCGAAACUGACUAUUGCCCCUGUGUAGUUUCAAUAAGAAAAAAUUUCAAAAUUCACGCAUCGAACGAUGGCAAUUAGAGUUAUCCGAAUAUCAUUUUGACAAAAUAAGAUACAAACGUGGUCGAUAUAAUUGUAACGCAGAUUUGCUGUCUCGUUUCCCGUUUGACAAAGCCGAUACUGAUAAUGAUGCUCAUCCUUUACGUAUUCGAUUAUACACUCCAUCAACUAUCGAUUCAAUCAAUACAUUGCAAGUCAAUGCCAUCUCGCGAUCUACGACACGACAACUGCUGCAAAAUCGCUCAUCGCCUGCUUCAAGUUCAUCGACAUCCUUAUCUACCACUACUAUAACAAGAUCAAAAACGAAAAAGAACACAAUUAGGGGCUCACGUGUUGCUGCGGAUGUACUUGUUUCACACUCCAUGAUGACGACUACAUCAACAGCCGAUAAUCCUUCCCAAACAAUAGACUUUAGCAUUGAUCGGAUUCGAAACAAACAAAUAGAAACACCCCGAUCUCCGUUUGAUUUACCUGCUGAUAAAGCAGAAGAAACGCAUUUCAGGACAUAUAAAGAAAGACGUAUUACGAUGAGAGGAGAUCGAGAUAUUGUAAUGAAACGUUUUAGUGAAGAAUCAGGAAGAGUUGUUCCAUAUAACACAAAUCUACUCAUGUUAUUUAAAUGUAAUCAUGGUUUACAGACUAUAACUAGGCCUGAAGUGAACGAUGUUAACUGCAUCAUGUUCCCGAAGAGAAACCGGGUAAAAGAUAGUGAAAUUAGUGUCCGUUUCCUCAAAAGAAAUUUCUUAGAAGCGUGCGUACUUGAUCCCGAAAUCGCACGUAGUGAAAUCCGUAAACGGGGUGUUCAAUAUAUUCUCGACUCAGUUGUGCAGGCAUUAGUGGAAAACCCCGAUCGUCGAUAUAUCUAUGUUGAAAUGGCUUUUUUUUGGCGUUGGUGGAAUGAACAAUCGGACGACAUGCGCAAUACAGUGAAGCAACUCGUCAACGAGGGUCGUCUGGAAUUUAUCUCGGGCGGUUGGUCCAUGAAUGAUGAAGCUACAACACAUUACAAUUCGAUUAUUGAUCAACAUACCUUAGGUGCCCAAUUCUUGCGUGACACAUUUGGCGAGUGUGCUCGACCAAAAAUUGGCUGGCAAAUCGAUCCAUUCGGUCAUUCGCGAGAAGUUGCUUCACUCUUUGCACAGGCUCCCAUCUACGCAACCAAUCAUAUCAUCAUGACGAUGGGCGAUGAUUUUGAGGAUCAGAAUGCCAAUGAGAAAUUCAAAAAUUUGGACAAAUUAAUCCAUUAUGUUAACCUUGAGCAAGAGAAUGGUAGCAAUGUCAAUGUCUUUUAUUCAACACCGUCAUGCUAUUUAUAUGCCUUGAAUAAAGCCGAAAAAGAAUGGACAUCGAAAACCGAUGAUUUCUUUCCAUAUGCCAGUAUUCCAUUUGCAUACUGGACCGGCUAUUAUACUUCAAGACCAGCGUUAAAACGUUAUGAACGUUAUGCAAAUAAUAUUCUUCAAGUAACUCGUCAACUCAAUGGAUUUUCACAGAAGAAUCUACGAAAUACCAUUUUCGAUUUGAGUGAAGCAAUGGGACUUGCCCAACAUCAUGAUGCAGUUAGUGGAACAGAGAAGCAACAUGUAGCCAAUGAUUAUGCUCAACGACUGUCCGAUGGUAUCGACCGAGCAAUGGAAGUGAUCAAUGUUGCCUAUGCAAAACUGUUGCCUAAAGAAGGUCAAACAACGCCGAGUCCCGACCAAUUUCUCUGUCCGUACUCAAAUAUUAGUGCAUGUCUUCCGAUUGAAGGACAAGAUCAAUUCACAUUGACACUCUGGAAUCCAACCAUUCACUCGGUAACAAUUCAUCCUCGUGUGCCCGUCACUCGAGAAUAUUUAAUUCGUGAUCCAAUAGGAAAUCUUGUUCCAGCUGAGUAUCUUCCGAUUCCAGAUACAACGAAAAAUGUUCCUGGCCGAACGAGUUCUGCUCAGAAUCAGUAUCUAUUUCAAGCAUCAUUGCUAGCGCUCAGUUACAGUACCUAUUAUUUCGAAGCGAGAGCUGAUGCGAAGAAAAUCGAGCAUGAGAAGGUGACAACGACGACAAAUCAAGCAUGCCAUCUACGUGUGGAAUUUGAUGAUCGAGGUGAUUUGAAACAUAUUAUCAAUUUGGACAAGGAUUUGAUAGUAUCGUUUACUGAACAAGGCUUCUACUGGUAUGCCAGUUAUACCGGUAGUCAUACUACUCCAGAAUUACCAGCAUCAGGUGCUUACAUCUUUCGACCAUUGUUUUCGGAGGCACUACCUGUGAGUUUUGCACGUAGCAUAAAUUGUACGAAAACAGACACCGUACAAAAAGCGUCGAUUGUUUUCAACGAAUGGGUUAGUCAAGAGAUCAGUCUCUACCGUGGAACAUCAGCGAUUGAACUCGAAUGGACCGUUGGACCGAUUCCAAUAGAUGAUAACGUGGGCAAAGAGAUUAUUAUUCGUUAUAAUACCAAUAUUGAUAGUGCAGCGAAAUACUAUACUGAUGCUAAUGGACGUGAAGUUCUCGAACGUAUUCGUGAUCAUCGACCAACAUGGCAUUUUUUUGUUGAUGAACCAAUUAGUAGCAAUUAUUAUCCAAUUAACAGUCGCAUUUGGAUUCAAGAUCGCGAUCGUCAGUUGACUAUUCUUACCGAUCGAUCAGAAGGUGGUGGAAGUAUGUACGAUGGUUCGAUCGAAAUUAUGGUUCAUCGUCGAAUACUCCACGACGAUUCAUUGGGCGUUGGUGAAGCUUUAAAUGAGACUGCUUAUGGCAAAGGUCUUGUUGUUUCAGGCAAACAUAUUCUUCUUGUUGACCGACCAUCAGAUAGUGCUCGACUACAUCGAAUCGGUGCUCAACAAUUGUUUAUGCAUCCUCUGGCGACCUAUUCCUUGCCGAAUACAUCAUCUUAUGCGAACUAUUCGGAUAUGUAUCGUCAAAGUUGGUCGGCUCUGUCGGAUGCGAUGCCACUGAAUGUACACUUGCUGACAUUCGAUCAAUUAGGUCCUAAACAAUAUCUUGUGCGUGUUGAACAUUAUUUUGAAUUGAAUGAAGAUGAAAUCUACUCACAACCGGUGACGAUCGAUCUCCAAACAUUGUUCAAUAGUAUUGGUACCAUUGCUGAGAUGAUUGAAUUAAUACUGAGUGCCAAUUUACCACUGUCCGAAUUGCAUCGACUCGACUGGAUGACAAAAGGUCAAAACUCGUCACAUGUCGAUAUGUUUCGUAAGUUGAAUUUCAUUGAAAAGUGUCUCGAACGAUAUUGUCUAUAUCUCAAUUACUUUUAA